UGUGAUCAUCGUGAUGACUGCAAAGACGGGAGCGACGAAGACUUCUGCUACUUUCCACCCUGCCACCCUUUGUCUCCUUUUCGAUGUGCAGGCAGGAGGUGUGUCGAGCACUGGGAGCGCUGUAACGGACAAGUAGACUGCGAUGAUCAUGCCGAUGAAGAUCGAUGUCAAACGAUGUUGCCGAAAGACAACACCCUGGAGCUCGACCUCCCUCUCAAAAUUGAUUUCGAUUCAAAAGGAAUGUUUUCUUAUUCACCAUAUAUCAACUUUGAAUAUAAUUCAUCCGAGAUGUUUUUUUGUCCGGAAUCACACUUCACGUGUGUCAGCCUUCAGCAGGUGUGUCUACCUGUCUACCUCCGAUGUAACGGGGUCAACGACUGUCCUGGUCACGAAGACGAGGCGGCAUGUGACAGGUACACGUGUCCAGGCUUCUACCGCUGCCGCGCCUCUCAGGUGUGUGUUCACGAGAGUCACGUGUGUGACGGGAUCUACCAUUGUCCUCAACAUGAUGAUGAAAUAUUGUGCAAUGAAACAUGUCCACACAACUGUGUCUGUCACGGCUGGGCUUUUGGUUGUUCUGGUAUCUUCCAUGCUGCUAGCUACCCUAACCUUCGAUACGUUAAUGCCAGUGGGACAGCAAUGAACUUGAUUGACUUUAAAAGUAAUAUCUAUCUCGUUCAUCUCAUUCUGCUUCGGUGUAAUAUAACCAUGUUGUAUGAGGUGACAUUGCCUAAUCUCCGCUUUCUGGACCUCAGCAACAAUAAAUUGACUCACAUUAGCAACAAUUUGUUUACUGGUCUAACACGACUAGAGUCUCUCAAAUUAAAUUUUAAUCCAUUGAAUGAAUUGUCUUUAGUUGAAACAAGACAAACAUCGUCUCUCAAAAUUCUCGACCUCUCUAACGUCCUAAUUCCGAAAUUUAACUCUGGUAACAUUUUCCUUCCGACCCUAACAACACUAAAUCUUUCCGGUAGCAACUUAGAUCACGUGACAGGACAGGGCUUUGAGGGAGCAAGAAGUUUAAGUUUAUUGGACCUGAGACGUUGCCCUAUGACUAUUUUUCCACGAGAAAUAUUUUAUAAUCUUUCUAAACUACAGGAGAUAUUUGCUGACAACUACAAGCUGUGCUGUCCGGCCAUACUGCCCCUGGCUUCGAUAUACUGGUCUGUUCACACCAAUUCUAUGUCUGCACAAAAUACAUUGAAGUCAAGAAAAGAGGUUACUAUUGCCAAACGUCUAAUCACAGUAGUGAUGUCCGACUUCUUGUGCUGGUUUCCUGUCGGCUUAACGGAAAUCCUUGCGUCCAACGGUAUCCCUAUAUCCGGAGAGGUCAAUGUGGGGAUCGCCAUUUUUGUUCUUCCUAUUAACGCUGCGGUCAACCCAUUCCUGUACACCAUCAACAUCUACCUGGAACUCAGGCGUCGAAGAAGGGAGGAAGAACGCAGGAAACGUAUAAUUGACCAACUCAAAUUUUCUAGUGGAUUCGCUGGCAAUGCAAAGACUACGUUAACUACUAAUGACACUAUGGAACUUCUUAAAACGUUGCUUACAAUGAAAACAUUUUCGCAUAUGGAUUUGCAGAAAAUGCUGCAAGAGAUUUGA